UUAUUCAAAACAGUAGACAAGAAAAUUGCUCGAAAAUUUAAAUCCAGCUGUAUUGUUGCGUUUUUUUGGGCGUUUUGGCCGCGAUCUUCGGAGAGGAAGAGGUUUUCGGUUGAGGAAGCUCCGGAGUUGUCGCGGUUUCGAAUGCGGAAAUGGUUUGAACGCGUGGUCAAACCGAAGAUCCGUUGCAGGUGGUUAAGUUUAGGGCAGUGGCGCCGCAUCGGCUAACACCUCUGCACACGAAACAGGUACUUAAAUCCAAUCCGCAUUCCACGUAGGUAUGGUACUACCUUAAUCCAAUCCCCUCUAUCUAAGAGAGUAGAGGCUGAAUACCGCUAUGCUAUUCCGCACUUUUUACCUGUCAGUACCCACUCAGUAAAGGCACUGAGCGAAAGCGGCGCGUGAAACGAAAUGUUUGAUUUGUAGUCGAUUUGGACUCCUCGUGAGUGGCUUGUGUGUGGUGAGCUCGGCAAUUUUGGGAAUUCUGCCCUUGGUGCGACCAGGAGUUACGCUUCGCUGCGACUUGAGGAACCAAGGCGGAAGAACUGCGCUUUGUACUGUGGAAGACACUUUUGAUGGCACUUGCUACAUAAUAUGUCGGGAUUCUUGUGGAAUUAUGGGAAACAUCGGUAGCCAAACUGGCCAAAUCACCCAACGACCGUUACCUGAAGAACAACAAUGGGCACAUUCGUUCCCAAGGACGCAACCGCGCCUCCACCAGCAUAAAGUCCUCCCGGAACGAGACGCCCGCCAAAAACUGCGCCAUACCAACAAUGGGGAAAUACUCCAGUCCGGAGGGACGCUCAGCGGGAGGCACCACCAAAACCGCUUGUCCUUGCGAGAGAAUUCGAACGAAUUUUCAACCUUGGAUAAGCCCAGGACGUAUUUGUCCAACCAACGGGACCCCUUGCACAAAUCGGGGGCGAGGUACACCCACGCCAUGGAAUACAAACAUUUCAGUCAUAGUGCCUAUAGGGAAAAUAUGAAAAAGUUCGGCUCUGAGCCUGAUUUGCGCCAUUCGAAGGGGAUGGAGACUCAGGACCGGCGGGGGAAGAAGAAGUAUAAGGCGCCUCCCCCUCCCGUGGAGGUGAACAAGUCGCUCGAUUGGGAUGAUUCAAGCGGUGACAAUGGCCCCACUCGUCGCGCUCGUCUCUUCAAAACGCGGGCCGAAACGCGCAAAAAUUACUCUAGUCCUGUACAUAAUCAUAAAUCAUUAGAAAAACACGAGGAAUUAGUCGAAAUUAGAGACCGCGACCGAAGUGCGGAUUUACGUACAAAUCGAUUGUCGCUCCCUGAAAUGAUUACUCCAAACUUCCAUCAGGAACUAAAAGAGGUGACUAAACGCCUAAGACACACCCGCGCCUCAACCGACAACACGAUCGCAGAAAUCAAUAACCGGAAUAAAGAAAAAUUGAAAACACUCGAUCACAACAUACAUAAGAAAGACAACAUUAGGCAAAGACUGAAGCAGAUGGAGACCGUGGAGGAGAAGCUCGACCCGGUCCGAGGGGACGGCUCAGGCAAAGAGUCCUCCUCCCCUGACCAGUCAUCCCCAAUCAUCCGCAAAAAAGAACAACCCAAAACUUUCUACUUCGGCAUGGACGAGACCAUGCAAAACGAAAUCGUCGACCACUUCGCCUCCAACCUCCACUCCAUGACACACAUCCCGAAAAUUGCAAACUCAUCCGAAUCGGAUAUUUCGAGUGAAAUCGAAGCCGAUGAAAACACAGGUGUUAGAAACGGCAUUGAUUUGCAAUUGAGACCGAUCUUGCCGAAGAAACAGUUAGAAAUCCCGAGGUUCUCCCCAGCUGCUGCCUGGAGACUCCUCUCCGUUGACACCAACCCGACCGCCAGUACCAUAGCAAGUGACGAAGUCCCGGUUUUCAUCGAAGACAGGAUUGAGAAAUACUCGCGACCGCCACCACCCACCAUGCAGAUCGGGCAAAGGUCUAACAACGACAAAUCCGGCGACUCCGGCAUUUCCGGGGACGCCGGGCCCCCGGGAUACGACGACAGCCCCGACGCUAUUAUGAACUCCCGGAACAGUCUUCUGAUACCGAAGGGGAUUUCGUGGACGCCGCAGCAAGACCUCGGCGACGACUCCAGCAUGGAGGAGGGUCUGAAUAACGAAAACUCGUACAAGCCGCGGACCAAAUACUCGAACAAACCGCACGUUUUCAGCUUAUCGUUACCGCGAGACAACCACUUGUCCGCCUACAUGUCGGACAAGACAUACACCGGCUUGCAGAAAUUGAAGCGGUCAGUGUCCGGCGUUUUGGGGACUCUGGGCAACAAAAAGGACAUGAUGCAGCCCACAAACCUGAGUCAAGACCAAAGCGACAAUUGGUUCUUGAGCAAAUCGGCCCCCAACUCGCUCAACAACGGCUUUAACUCUCUCGAAAUGAAAAAUUCGAACAAAUCGGAGGAAAAAGAACAAUUAUUAGUGCCAAAUUCGAAAAGCUCAGGUCGGUUAAUGUAUCUCCCUGAAUUCGACAAUAACCAAGACCACCGUCAUGCCCGCGCCAAGACAAAAGACGAUCUCCGCGAACGCUCCAAAAGCGCCGAUCGCUCAAAAACCAAUCACAAACUAUCCGUGUUUUCGAAAUCGUGCGAAAACAUCAACGGCGAACUCAAAUCGUCCUCGGACGCGGAACCCGAAGACUUGCAAGAUCCGCCAAAAGUGUUCGAAGACGCGAGGAACUGGAACCGCAAACCGCGAAGAUUCACGUUCCAGAGCACAGUUCGCCAGAUUGAGCGGCGAAGACUUGCGGAGAAACUCUCACGGGAGGCUGAGAAGAAGGAGAAGCAACGACUACGCGAGUUGGAGGCGAUGCAAAAGGUCGAGGAAGAGUUCCAGAAGAAGAGGGCACGGGAGAAGGCGAACAUUCGCCAACAGCUGCGCCUUUUCUCCAUGGACGAUGUCGCGUGGACUAGUCUUCCCCCCAACUUGGAGGUGAAGGACGAAGUGCGGCAGGAACCGGACGGUGCGGUGUCCUCCUCCACGACCUCCUCCCCCUCACUCCCAGUCCAAAACAAGAAAGUUUACCAAAAAAAUAAGAAGGCCACGAGCGGCAAACACCGCCCGAGCUCCGAAAGUAGCGAAGAGACGCGGAUUAAAGCUCAAGUCACGCAGGUACUGUCGGAGUACAGACACCCCCAACGGGAGUACAAGGAGUAUACCGGGAGUACGCGGUACUUAAGUGACCUGAACGAAGUAAAUCAUGCCAAAACCACGGUUCAUCCACAAGUUACGUGCAACAUGCCAAAAGCGAAGCAAGGUUCGAAUAAGACUAGUGGGACGAAUUAUAGGAAAGAUUUUGCUCAUGGGGUGAAGAGUACAAGGUCGGCAGGAAGCAGCUAUUCGGAGGAUUCGCAGUCGAGGAACAAUUCGCCGAGGAUGUAUCAUAACAAAUAUGCUCCAAUGACAAGGUUUUAAUGUAUUAUUUUACAGUCAAUUAAUCCAUGUACCUAUGUAUUUUAACAUUCUCAUUUUUACUACAAAAUGUAUAUAUACAAAUGCAAAAUAAAUUUUAAUGAUUGCUCAAA